UCCCUAUUCCCUCAAAAAGUCAAAAGGUAGCUCAAAAAUGGUGAGAAAUCUACUUAGACCCAACAAGAGAAACAACACAACAGUGAAGAAGGGCACUUGGAGUGGAGAAGAAGAUCAGAAGCUCAUUGCUUAUAUCAGGCGAUAUGGCAUUUGGAACUGGACUCACAUGCCCAAACCUGCUGGUUUGGCGAGAACUGGGAAAAGUUGUAGACUUCGGUGGAUGAACUAUCUGAGGCCUAACAUCAGGCAUGGAAACAUCACCAAAGAAGAGGAGGACAUGAUUAUCGAGUCGCACCGACUUCUUGGAAAUAAAUGGGCGGCAAUAGCAGCCAGACUUCCAGGAAGGACUGAUAAUGAAAUAAAGAACUAUUGGAACACCCACUUGAAGAAACGCGUUGGGAACGGGAAUAAGUUGCCAAAUUCAUUUGCAUCUGAUAUUAAAGCUAAGCCAUCCCUUCCCACAAUCGAUACUCCCAAAUCAGAACCUGACAGUGGGUCUCAAAAUGUGAUUCCAACAAUGCCUGCAAAUAGCUUCUGCACCUCUUAUGGAGUUCACGGUGAUGACAAGACCUCGGAGAAUAGCUGCUAUUCACCGUGCAGCGUGAUUGAAGAAGAAGAAAGCUUAUGGGAGCAAUUUCUUGCUCUGAGAGAUCUUGAAAUUGCAGAGAAUUUCGGUGGCACAUACAUGCAUUCGGGAGCGACAGACCCUGCCCUUGUAUGCAUGGAAAAGGAGUUUCUGCACCAUAGCGGCUCCUGUGAAGAAUUCAUCAUGGAUUUAUGGUAAAAAUGAUUAUUGCUGAAGGCACUUGUACACAGAUGAAGAGGUGCCAUAUGAUUACUUGUAGUUUACUGUUAUGGUUCGUUGUAAGGAUUGUCUUUUGGAUGUAAUAAAUCUAGGAUGCAUCUUUAACUUCCAAAGAAUGUGAAAUUAAUGUCAUGAGCAUUGUGUUUCCUGCAAUUAACUAUCGGUUUUGUCA